AUGACGAGCGAACAACGAUGGAACAACGAUAUCGCGUACGCGAUGAUCCACGUCAAAUUGAUAGCGUGGACGAUCGGUGUUUGGCCGCUUCAAGUUUAUGACAUCUUUUCGCUAAUACGAUGCGCCUGGGGUAUAUUUUCCGCGGCUCUGAUGGUGUUUUUACCUUCUGUCGAAAUUUAUCUGGGCUGCACCGACGCGGAAAAAAACACGGACUGUCUCAUGCUUAUCUGCUGCGGGAUUCUCGGUGUGAUCAAAAUAACGUCUUUUCGCAUUUACGCGAAUAAUUUGACGAACAAUUACUGCUCCGCGGUGAACGACUAUCAAACCGUCAAACAUCCGAGAUAUUAUUCCAUCAUGCGAAAACACACUUACGUAGGAAAAUUGCUGUGUUGCUCCAUGAUGAGCUUCUCUUACUUCAGCUGUUUCAUGUACGCGUUAAUUCCGUUCUUGGGUGGCGACAGAUUUAAUCAGAGUGUCGCAACGAACGAGACCGCGUUGGAAUAUACGUUGCCAUCAGCUUGCGCUGUGAAAUACUUUCACGUUCCGACGAGCAUGUAUACAAUUAUUUGCCUCUUCCAGACUGUUGCGAUAUUUACCGCGACUACUGCUAACAGCGGUAACGACGCUUUGUUCCUCAACAUAACGUUGCAUCUUUGCGGCCAAAUAAAGAUUUUGUGCACCAAACUCGUUGACUUCGAUGUUGCCAAUUUGCGCGACUGCGAUCGAUUGAAUAUAUUGAUUAAAAGACACAUCCACUUGAUAAACAAGGCCAGAGAACUUUCCGAUACCGUCAGUUUUGCGUUGCUGGUGCAACUGUUCAUUAUGAGUAUUCUGUUGUGCAUAAUGGGAUUUCAGUUUAUUCUAGCGGUAAAAGUAAACAACGUCAUUAUGAUAGGAAAGAGUUUGAUAGUUCAGUGUUCCUUUCUGUCGCAACUGACUCUGUACAGUUUUAUCGGCGAUUAUCUAAAAUUUCAGAUGGAAGAAUUGGCGCAAGCUAUUUAUCAAAGUUCUUGGUACGAGUUUUCCGACAAAUUCAGAAGAAACAUGAUCUUCGUCAUUAUGCGACGGGAAUCCCCCGUCGCAUUGCGAGCCGGAAAUUUCAUCAUGGUAAACUUGUCCACGUAUGUGAACAUCUUGAAGACGUCUCUCUCGUAUCUGUCUGUACUUCGCGUAAUGGUAGAAACGUAA